AACAUGUGGACCAGUCAGACAUGCCACGCAAUGCGAUCCAAUGCGAUGCGUUGCCACAUUCACAAUCCACAAUCACAUUCACAUUGAGAGUCGAGCAUCUUUCUGUUUGGGGACGACAUCUGUCAGUGUCUGGGAGACAUUGCUAAAGUUUAUCAAAAAACAUUUUCGUUUUGGCGUCAAUUUCAACAGAAAAAAACAAGCCGAGUCUGCAGGCGACCACCCGACAAGCGAAUUAAAGUUAUUAUUUAUGGCUAAUAAUGGAAAAAGGCGCAUUCUUCAAAGUACUAAUUCUGUGGUUGGAUUUCGCGAGUGCAUAUAACUAUCGGCUAACACUUGAAAAUGAAGAAAUAUUUACGACAUGCUCACAUCAACCAUCCAACGUCCUGGCUGUUUCGAAUUUCUUCGAUUUUUCGGAACUGCACACAAAAGAAAUCGGGGAUAAAAUAGAAAUAUCAGGAAAUGUCACAUCUAUAUGGAAUUACGAACCAACUGAUCGUAUUCAAGUUUCUAUAACGGGUCUCCAUUAUGAACGAGGAGAAUGGAUCAACUCCUUGCUAAGUAUGAACGUUCACGAUUGUUGCAGCCUCCUAUAUGAUAAGAAUCAGCAUUGGUACAAGAUUUGGACUCAGUAUAUCACCAACGCAGAGGAUGUAAAAGACAAAUGUUUUUUGAACGGUACAAAAUUAAUUCAUAAAACAUUUAUUUUGGAUAUGAAUAUUAAUAUAAAAGUACUAAUUCCUGAAGGACGAUAUAAAGUAGUUGUCAUAAUGAAAGCCAUUGAUAAACGGCAAAAAGCUCGUAAUCCAAUCGUGUGCAUGGAAUUUUUAGGGGAUGUGAAGCGGAGUUAAUUAAUGUCUAAAAAUAUAUUACGAGUUAUUUUCGGAUUGAUUUGUCAAUAA